AUGAAGUUAUUGUGGUUAUUUUUCGUUUUGCAAGUGGUUUAUGGAAAACCUCGGUUCGAAUCUUUUUAUUCAAGAAGCUCGCGAUUGUGUCACUCAUGGAGCUGCAUCAAUAUAAAACUUGGCUUACCGGAGUCUUUGACUCCACAAGACUUGGCAAGAGAGGCUUUUACACGUGUUCUUCCUCAAGGCUCUUGGCACGAUGUAUUGGAGAAGGUCCUGGAUAACUGCUACACGAAUAGCGGCAGGCGAUAUGUGAGCACAUGUUCUGGGCAAGCACUAUUACACUGCGUUGUAGAUCAAAUGAUCAAUAACUGCCCCGAGGAGAACUGGAGAAAAGAUGAUGGUUGCUCUCCAGUGUCAUCACUGGCUGGUUUCAAGCAAAUGUUCACAGUCAGUCGUUACGAAAAUUUACAGCAGAACUUGGAAAAAGAACAUAGACCGAAAUGGUUCCUGGAACAUUAUUUUGAUAAGAAAUGUUGCGAUCUACCCGUGAUGUUUAACUCGUCAGUGCUGCAAGAGUGUGGGUUUAAUUCCUUCAUCACAUAUUACGAUCACGGACUGAGAUACCAAGAUUCUCAAUCGCCACCUGCUUGGCGGUCUCCACCCCCUUCUCAGCCGCCUACCGCCAGGGGUAGCGGGGAUAUGGUUCAGAUGGUCUCACUGAAUCAGACGAUAACGCCAGGGCUUUUGACGCAAUCUCCGCCUAUUUUACCAUCUUUACAUCAGCCUUCAACUCAGAGUAGCGGAGACAGGGUUUUAAUGGUCUCACUGAAUCAGACAACAACCUCCAGACCGUUGGAAUCUCAAAGCGUUGACCCCUUAGACUGUUGUGACAUGACAGGGUUUAUCCAACCUUCUUGGAGAACCGAGUGUGGGUUCCACCUUACCUGGAAAGGUCCUGAACGAUUGGUCAUCACCAACUACACUCCUAAGCCAACUACAGAAGCGCCAGUGACGACUACUACAGCGAGAACUAAUCCUCCUAAGGAUUUGAUGUUGUUACCCCAUUCGUGCUACCAAGAGACCUGUGUAUUCAAAAAGGUGGGUGUCAUUGAGGAGUCUGGUCUCAUAGACACUACAGCGUUCCGGAGGAUGCUGGAUAAUUUUACAGAAGCCCAUCCUAGUUGGAAGAACCCCACGGCCAGGGUUUUUAGUAAAUGUUUGAGUAGAGGAGGACGUGAUUACGAGAGUAGUUGUGAAAUAAAUAAAAUGCUGGCCUGUACGUUGGAUGUGCUAACUGAGAAUUGCCCAUACAAGAGGAAAUCUGAGGAUCCUUGCAGACAUGGCAAACGUAAGGGUGGAUGUCAAAUAAGUUCUUCUAAAUUGAGACCGAAAAAUCGUCGUCAAAUAUGCCUGUUGCCUCCAUUGGUUGAUCUGAAUGUCUUGUCUGAAUGUGGUCUAAACAGUUUAUACAAAACCGAGCAUGUUGUAAUACCGGAACCUAAACCAAAAAAACAUUUUUGGAGCUCUUCUCGUAACUUGUGCCAAGAUCAAAAGCCAUCGACAACGUGCGUAAUGAAAAAAAUGGGAAUACUCAACAAAUACCGGUUUAUGGAUUACUUUAGAAUGAAGGACCGAAUCCGGCAAUUUACCACAAACGAGCCCGUGUGGUCCGCGUUACUAGAUAUAUAUAUGGGCGCCUUUAUUAACAUUCCCAUGUAUGGGGAACAUUGCAGUUCACAGAAAAAAAUGUUGAAUGUUAUUGAUGCUAUGCUGCUGACGUGUCCUGUAUCAAAACGGAAAGACUCAUCACAGUGUAAACAAUUCUUUAAAGACAUGACCGAUACCCCGCCCAGUCCUAACCAAAACUUCACGAGGCAAAAACUCGACGAAAUGAUGAAGCACUAUCACCAUAUAUUCCUUCAAAACUCAUACUCACCUCCUAAUGUUGACCCGGUUAUACGUAAACCGAAACCAAAGACUGUUAAGAAACCGAUAUAUAGUUAUGGUUUCUUGGAUUCUGAGAAAUCUCCAAAGGUAACUGUUAUUAAUAUUAAACCAGCUGUUGUUACUGAAUUGGACAAACCCUUAGUUCUCGCACCCGUAUACCUUAGAAAUUCUAAGCUAGGGGUCGCAUUACCCAUAGCCCAAGAUAACUUAUAUAGGAGUAACCGUCCAUUUUGGCUCCACGACAACAGACCCCGAGCACCGUUUACUACCCUAGUACCGGCAAUUUCUACCAAUACUUCAUUUUCUACCAAACUUGAAUCUACCACAAUUGAACAAACAACAAAUAUAAGAGAGGCUUAA